AUGCACUUCUCACCAGCUCUCGUCCUCGCCCUUGCGGCUGCCGUUUCUGCCCACGGUGUGGUCUCUGAGAUCAAGGGUGCCAAUGGAGUCACCAUGCCUGGCUUGACUAUCCAAGACGGAACUCCUCGCGACUGCUCCUCCAACGGCUGCGGUUCUCAAGCCGACACUGCCAUCAUCAGGGACCGCGAAAUCUCCAGUGGCAAGACUGGUCCUCUUGGUCGCACACAAGGUAACGGCAACGUUGAUGCUGCCGUUAUGGUUGGUGCCUUCAUGGGACAGGGUGCCGCGCCUCCUGCGAACAACGGUGCUUCUGGAAGUGUUGGUGUCGAGGACAACAUCCAACAGGCUGGCCAGAGGAAGCGUCAAUUCCUCAGCGGUCUUCUUGGUGGAGGCGCUGGUGGUGCUGGAGGUGCUGGCGGCAAGGCCGGUGCUACUGGUAUCGCUGGACUGCUCGGUGGAGGUGGUGACAAGGUCAACGGCCCACCAGAGUCACGCGUUGCUGCCGCAGUAGGAGCAGGUGCCACAAGCGGCAUGCCCACUUGCGCUGACGAUGGUACCGUCACCAUGACUCUGCGCCAGAUCAACCAGGACGGUGCUGGACCAUUCACUGCCGAUGUUGAUGGUACCUCAGGCGGUACUGACGAGGCCGCCAUGCAGCCUGCUACCGUCACCCAGGACGUUCCUGGCCUCGGUGUUCAGGGUAUCUCGCUCGCCACCAACACCGAGUUUGCCAUGAAGGUACAGAUGCCGGCUGGUAUGACUUGCGACGCUACUGUUGCUGGUGUCAACAACGUCUGCGUCAUGCGCGUCCGCAACGGUGCUGCCGCGGGUCCCUUCGGCGGAUCUGUUGCUUUCACACAGGGCGCCGCCGCCAGGAAGCGCGCCAUCGCUUACAAGCUCAAGAAGCGCAUGGAGAUUGGUAACAAGAACUAA